GUAAGAUUAACCAUCAGAGAUAGGCAGUGUGGAGAGAGAGAGUUAGAGAGAGUUAGAGAGAGAGAGAGAGAGAGGGAGGGAGAGAGAGAGAGAGGGAGGGAGGCAGACAGGCAGACUCACAGGGGACACACAAUACUACAAACACCUGCUGGAAGUUUGCUGUUUGUUUUUUUUUCUCCUGACGGGGAAAAUCCACCUUUUUUUUUUCUUUCUUUUCAUCAGCCCCUCUCUCGGAUUAUUCGACUCGUCGGAUGUGAAAGUCGUUCGCCCCUCUCCCGGUUCUCUGCACAGUCACCUGCUCUGCGCGCGGCGCUGGAGAGAAAUGAUUCUCAGGAGGGCCCUGGGUGCCGCUAACUCUUGGUGAAUGUGUGCGUCGGCGAACUGUGUCCUCCAGGCCCAGAGGAACUUUGAGGGGUUGGCUCCCCAGGGCAGGCUCCAUGCGGGGGUGACGAUGGCCCCCGUGGGCCCCCAGCCGGGCCCUCGCUCCAGGAUGCCUCACCUGCCUCACUGCGAGCCUGACAUGGAGUUCACCUGGCAGGAGCUGAUGGCUCUCACUGAUCUGCAGGAAUUCGAGGUACCCGGUGAGCCCUCCUACGACCCUGCAGUCUCCUACCUCCCCUCCCCGCAGCCCAUGAUGCCCCCAGGGGGGUUCGGAGCUGCCCAGCCCCUUGCUGAGCCCACCAUGCCAGCCUGCGGGCUCCCCCCUGCCCUCUACCCAGACCUGAACCCGUCCUGCCAGAGACCGCAGAUGGGCAGCAUGCUGGGGGGGUGCUACGGGGGCACGAGUGCGAGGUACACCAGGCUGCUCCCGGCCCCUUCCCCCUCCCAACCCCCCCCCAGCCUCCACCUGCAGCCCCCCGCCCCCUCCCUGCCCCUCAUGGGCCUGCUAGAUCACCUUGUGCUGGCGGGGUCCGACACAGGCCAGCCCAGGCAGGGAGUGGCCAAGCCACCCAGCCAGGAGGAGCUGGAGUCGGAUUCGGGCUUGUCCCUGGGCUCCAGCCCCGCCCUACCGUCGCCUGGCAACCCGGGGGCACUGUACCCCCCCGAGAGCGUGUGCUUCAGCGAGGCGGAGAGGGAGGGGGGGUCGUCGGGGAGGAUGAGGGCCGACUUUGCAGAGCAGAUGUACCAGCUGGAAUACCAGCAAUACCAGAUGGGCCAGCAGGCUGCUUACAGCCCUGUGCUGCCUUCCUAUGGAGCUCCACCCCAGCAGCAGCAGCAGCAGCAGCUCCAGAGCCUGUGCAGCUUUAUGCCCGGCAGCAGCAGCAGCAGCAGCAGCAGCAAUGGCAGUGGGGUUAUGGUGGGGGCCAGAAAGCCUUCCCUCAGCCCUCGGCGGGACCUGAGCCGGGAUGAGAGGCGCGCCCUGGCCCUGAGCAUCCCCUUCCCCCUGGAGAGGAUCGUCAACCUUCCCGUGGACGACUUCAACGAGCUGCUGGCCCGCCGCCCGCUGAACGAGAGCCAGCUGGCCCUCGUCCGAGACAUCCGCCGGCGGGGCAAGAACAAGGUGGCCGCCCAGAACUGCCGCAAGAGGAAGCUGGAGAACAUCGCGCACCUGGAGGGGGACCUGGAGCGGCUGCGCUCCGAGCGGGAGAGGCUGGAGAGGGAGCGGGCCGGCUGCGAGAAGGGGCUGGCGCUCAUGAAGGAGAGGCUCGGGAAGCUGUACACCGAGGUGUUCGGGAGGCUCAGGGACGAGCAAGGCAGGCCCUACUCCUCCGAGGAUUACUCCCUGCAGCAGACCAGCGACGGCAGCGUGUUCCUGGUGCCGUGCAAGCAGGAGGAGGAGGAGGGGGCGGACUGAGGGGAACAGGACCCCUGGGGUGGGGUUAAUGUUCGUGAGGGGGGCUUCACGGAGACUCUUAAGUCUGGGAUUGAAAUCAGACUUCUGCUGCAUAGCAUUUUGGUCCGUUCCUGGUUUUACUCUGAGCUUGUUACCUGCACACACUGGGGCUAAUGAAGCUCGUAGUGAGACCUGGAAUGGGUGACACUGCUGUGCGAUAGGAGGCACUGAAGGGGACUCGCAAAGCGAUUUACUCCAAAUGGUCAUUUGUGCAGAACUAUGAAACACUCAACAGUACGAAUGAAGAAAUACUAAACCAAGCCUCACAGUCCAGACUUUCGUCAUCAAAUGCUUUUUUGUGAGCUACUUCUAGUAUUUCCAAAUUGUCAUUGCCUCAAAAGAGACAAUCAAGUAAUAAAUAAUAAAUCUGAUUCUAGUUCAGGCCACUCCCUUUCAUUUUUAAAUGAAAUCAGUCCUUAAUGUAAUCUGAUACAAUUCAGGUGUACCGGGCUCCAGCAAGCUGAAUAUUUACUAAAAGGGACUACAGGACAACUAGGCAUGUGUGUGGAUACCCGUACAUGUGUGUGUAUUGGGUGUGGGUUCCCGUACAUGUGUGUAUUGUGUGUGGAUACCCGUACAUGUGUGUGUAUUGGGUGUGGAUACCCGUACAUGUGUGUGCAUUGGGUGUGGAUACCCGUACAUGUGUGUGUAUUGGGCGUGGAUACCCGUACAUGUGUGUGCAUUGGGUGUGGGUACCCGUACAUGUGUGUGUAUUGGGUGUGGAUACCCGUACAUUUCUUAAAUAUUCAGGUCUGAACUGGUUUUGGCUUGAUCCAAGCUUUGUAUUCUGGUCUCAUUGUUGCUGGAAGUAUGACUCACAGCAGACAGAAAGCAGGCAGGGUAUCGGAGACCAAGCUUGGGACAAGCUGAAAACAGUUCCUCGUCUUAAGAUUUUCAUUAGUAAAAUAAAAAAUAUAUACCAAUAUAUUACUUCAAUGCCUAUACAUGAAGUUUGCCAUAAGGGGUGGUUCUGUUAAAACCAACCAUCAUUCACAACAGCAGCUUGGGGUAAUAGUUCAAAAAUCAAGCCUCGCCACCUUUUGGAGACUCCGUCAAACAGGAAUUGGAAAGACCCGCCAUAACACUGUCAGCAGGAUGCAGGCAGCCAGGAUUCCAUGUGGCAAGCUUGCAAGGAGUUUGUAUCGUUUUUGGACUUAAAACAAACAAGGUCUUCCUGCAAGCGACUACAGCAGCAGCAGUUGUGGUGCAUGGUUCACCCCCUAAUCUCCAAGUCACACUGGAUAAAAGUAUCUGCUAAAUGAGCAAUUAGCUCUUAUUCACUUCGUUACAUAGCAUAGUAAUGCAACCCCCCCCCCCCCCCCCCCAACAUCCAGCUUCCCAACAGAAGUCCACAGCCAUUUUUAUCAAGUUGGGAAGAGUGCUUCACAAGACUGCAGCCUCCAGAAGCUCAGCCAAUAAGGUGUCAAUACUGUAACUAGAGGAAGCAGUUAAACUCCCUUCCUGUAAAGACCCACACUGGGGCUCUCCCAUCAAGUCCGGGUGCUCAAGAUACCGGCUUGGCUUGCCGCUCAGAAUUUAGAACCCAGAACUCCUGCGAGACCAACGUUCUGAUGCCUUUAAAGACCAAGAGUGUAAUACAAAUGAGAGCAAAGAACUGGUGAUUGUAACUCAAUGUGUUGCAUCUCCUACCAAGGUUUAAAAAUAUAUAAAAACUAUUUGUUUUAUUGUGAAGUACUACGAUAAAUUGUUAUUUAAUUAUUGGGUGGAAAAAUAAAAGAUAAAACAUCUUGCA